UCGGAGUAAAAGGACCUAGCAAGUUCAUAAGCGUUAAACACAUCCAUCAAUUCUCGAGUUUGAUACAGCGAUGGAAGAGGUGCUAGCGACGUAGCUAAACAUGUACAAGUAGCUAGUGUGUCAGUUCACAAAAUAAAGCCAGAACUUCGAUAGCAGUCACACAGCUACAGACGCGUUAGCACUGCGUAUAUAUAUAGAUCGCUAUAUCUUUAUUAUUUUAACUUUUAAGUUCGUUCUGUUGAAUUUAAAUGUGGUUCCAGGCCGGCAAAAUGCGGUGGAGUUGUGUGUUUUUGGCCCUGAUGCUGGUCGUCUUGUGUUCGAACGGAGCUGAUGGAAUUCCGGAGGAGCGCAAGCCGGAGGCCGAACAGCCGCCGCAAGAGAAAGCCCCCACGGUCCGGCCCGUUGGGCCCGUGCAGAGCGCGGGGGACCCCGGUAGUGCCGAUCUGGGGUUCAUCCACGCCUUCCUGGCUGCCAUCUCCGUCAUCAUCGUGUCUGAGCUUGGGGACAAGACCUUCUUCAUCGCUGCCAUUAUGGCCAUGCGCUACAACCGCCUGACGGUGCUCGCGGGCGCCAUGCUGGCCCUGGGGCUCAUGACCUGUCUGUCUGUCCUGUUUGGCUAUGCCACCACCAUCAUCCCGCGGAUCUACACGUACUACAUCUCCACGGCGCUGUUCGCCAUCUUCGGCGUGCGCAUGCUGCGGGAGGGCCUGCGCAUGAGCCCGGAGGAGGGCCAGGAGGAGCUGGAGGAGGUGCAGGCCGAGAUCAAGAAGAAAGACGAGGAGCUCCAGAGGGCGAAGCUCCUGAAUGGCUCGGCGGACGUGGAGGCGGGGACAGGCCAAGCGGCCCCUCAGAGGAAGUGGCAGGGCUUCAUCUCUCCGAUCUUCAUCCAGGCGCUCACCCUCACCUUCCUCGCCGAAUGGGGAGACCGCUCCCAGCUCACCACCAUCGUCCUGGCUGCCAGAGAGGACCCAUUUGGAGUGGCAGUGGGCGGGACUCUCGGACACUGCCUGUGUACAGGGCUGGCUGUGAUUGGUGGAAGAAUGAUCGCUCAGAAAAUAUCAGUCAGAACAGUCACCAUCAUUGGAGGCGUGGUCUUCCUGGCCUUCGCCUUCUCAGCCUUGUUCAUCAAGCCGGAUGCUGGGUUCUGAUUGGACCGGAGGGAAUCGCAUUGUAAAUACUUGUACUAUUCAGUGGUUUUAUUCUAGGGGCUGCACUCUCAGGCUGUUUGUGAGUGUGAGUGUGAGUGUGAGUGUGAGUGUGAGUGUGAGUGUGAGUGUGAGUGUGAGUGUGAGUGUGAGUGUGAGUGUGAGUGUGCUACCUUUGUGAUACUGUAGCCCACUCAAUUCAAAUCUGUCAACAUCUGAGCUCAGAAGGUCCCAGCUCCUGUCCCUCCUGUAGGACUGUUCUCAGAUCAGUGUUCAGUGUCCUGAGGUCCUGUCGCAUGACUCCAGCGUACCCUGGGCAUCACCCAAUCGGAGGACUUCAUUCCUCUACAGGAUCUCACUGCCCAACAGGAUUGGUGAUUGGAGGCAGAAGGGCUGAUUGGCUGUUCCACUUCCUGGUGCGAAGCAGGACGUCAGUCAUGCGUGUGACUGAAACGGUUAGCCCAUCGGUGAGACGGGGGAAAUCCAGAACGUGAAUUUGAGGAAUGGAAUGUCCUUUCGGUUAUAGACCUGGCAGAGGGGGAAAGAUGGAUCCAGAGCAGGUCAAUAAUUUAUAUGUCACGCUUUCCACAAAGAAUGAGCUUGUGUUUCCUUGGUCAAGAGCCUACACACACACCAUACACCAUACACCAUACACCACACACCACACACCACACACCACACACCACACACCACACACACACACACACCACACACCACACACACACACACACACACACACACACACACCACACACACACACACCACACACCACACACCACACACCACACACCACACACCACACACACACACACACCACACACCACACACACACCACACCACACACCACACACCACACACAGCACCAUCCAGGCCUCUCCAGCAUCAUACCGGUUUGUAUUUAACACUCAGCUCAGAGACAUUAUUUUUGUUAGGAUUAAGAGUUUUGUUCUUAGAUCACGUACUGUACAUCUCAGCGGGGCCGAGGAGAAUACAUCGUCAAUAUUUGACGGGGACUGUUGUCGUAGUAACAGGAGACCUCAUGUACAGAGCUUACUGUAAACCCUGAUUACUGUAAAUAUUCAAUAAAAACUUGUUCCAUA